GAAGGUGAAGGUGUAGAAUCACGGCUUGUGCCUCUGACAAGAAUUGCUUUAGCCCUCUUCUUUUAUUUUCCCUCUUUCAUUUACAUUUUAAAUUUAUCAUUUCGCGUUGCGGCUCCGCACACGGGACACGCAGCUAGUUUUGUGCCUUCCUUUCUUGCGCAUCAUGCCUGCUCUUUCCACCGCCCGAGCAGCGGCCCUCCUCCUCAUGGCGGCGCUGCAGCUCAGCAUCCUCACCGUGGACGCCUACUCGGUGCGCUACGGUGCCAAGACGUCCGCGCCCGGGAUGAUGAACUUCGGCCUCACCGGCUAUUGUGCCGCAGGGGACUCGGGUCACUCGAUGAUGCCGAAGUUUGCAGCCUACCAAGCCAGCGCCUACUCCGUCAUGAGUGCGAACAGCUUCACGAGCGCGCCGAUCGGUGGUGAGUCGCGCCAGUCCGCCUGCCUGGACGCGAACUGCACCUGGCAGUUCAGUCACGGACUUUACUACCACAACGAGAUCACCUUCUUCUACGGGGUCUAUUACAAUGAUUCGGGUCUACACGGUGGGCCGGCGGACGGCGUGUUCAACAACUUUGCGUCCGAUCAGCCUCAGUUGUGGACCAACAUGAGCUACUGGGGCAGCCGCCAGCCGUACAUGCGGGGUGACGGCAAAUGGGCCAACACGAACGUCGUCACCUUCUUCACGCAGUGGGUCUGCGAAUACUACGAAUUCAAGAAGUCCGACGCAUCCCUCUUUCCGACCUACCCGGAUGGCGAUGUGAUCGUGCCCAGCUCCACCUCGUCCUACACCCACUGCGGCAGACGCGUGGAUCGCGACUCGCAGGGCCGUUGGUUGUAUUAUCAGUGCAAGAAGCCCUUUCCGUGGUGGGCCGCGCUGACCAUCGCUGUGGUGGUGCUGAUCGUGGUUGUCGUCAUCAUCAUCGUCGUGUGCUGCUGCUGCUUCUACUGCGAUCGCAACGAGGAGCGCCACGAGCGGGAGGAGAAGUUGGAGACGAUGGCGGACAACCCGGCGCAGGUGCCCACGCAGACGGAGCUGGGACUGAGCCGUCACUCCUCCGUGUUUCGCGAUGGCCGCGCCGACGAGUACCCCAAUGAGGACGGCGACCAGGAUGACUCGCGUGAAAGCCGUUAA